AUGGAGCAAGAUCCCGCGAACCAGAUAAAUCCCGAGUUGGUUCAUAUUAUUUAUAGCUUGUCAAAAGACAUGGGGCUCCCAGGGUUUCAUGUUGGCAUUCUAUAUUCAUAUAAUGAUGGUGUUGUGAGUUCUGCGAGAAAGAUGUCAAGUUUUGGACUAAUCUCCACGCGAACUCAACAUUUUCUAGCUUCAAUCCUUUCAGAUGAAGUGUUUGUUGAGAGUUUUCUAAGCGAAAAUUCAAAGAGGUUAGCUAAGCGGCAUAAGGUUUUCACUCAAGGGCUUGAACAAGAUGGCAUUACUUGUUUAGCAAGUAACGCAUCACUCUAUGUUUGGAUGGAUUUACGAAGGCCAUGUGGGAUAUGGUGGUCGGAGAACUGGUGCUUGGUGGUUGGAGAAAGAGCAACGACAAUGUAG